UGGUUGUCUUUCUGGCUCUAAGCACACAUACCAUGGCGAAGUCCAGUGGCAGCAGCCGAAGUAGCAGUAGCUCUAAGUCCAGUUCCGGCUCCAGGUCCUCUUCCUCCUCGAGCACCUUCUCAUUACCAUCAUAUUCAAGUUCCAGUGUUGGAGGUGGAUACCGUUCGCCCAAAGGACCUCCGCCGGCGUACUCCUUUUCAAAUCCUGUGGGCGGAGCUCACACAAACAUUUACGAGAGACCGCCAUCCUACAGUUCUUUACAAAGUCAAAUUCAGAGCCUAAGGGACCUAAUCGCGAAUUUCGGAAGAGGAAGCCAAAUUACCUCCAGUUCUAGCUCCAAGUCCUCCUUGAGCACCCUCAUAUCGCCAUCCAAUUCAGGUUCCUCGCGAUCCUUUUCGGCCCCUUCCCCGCCGGCAAAAGAACCCAGUUACUCCACCUACUACUACCAUAGCCAAUCCCGCUCCAGCACUGGUUACCAGGACGAGAACCCCUACAACUAUACUCUGUAUUAUCAGUUCAAUACAGCCAUCAAAACACAUUAUCUCCCCAAUGGACACUUCGUCCCCAUCGCCACCCUUCUGUAUUUGUGCUUGCAGUUAUUGUAAACUUAAAACAUAUUAAGUUUUACACAUUUUAGUUUAACUUGUAUUUAUUUUUUUACAAUUAAAACUAAAAAAUGUCUGGUUCGGCUCCAAAAAUGUAUUAUUUCUAACUAAUUAAAGAUAUGGUUAACCGAUUU